AAAGCCGAGUAGUGUAGAGUAGCCGGAGUAGCUUCGAGUCGACAUGUACUGGCUACAACUGGCUACAGGCCUACAGGCACGUGGGACGUGGGCACGGAUAGACGGAAUCAACACUUCCAUGGCUUCCACGGGUCGGAUCCGCUAACAAGAAUGAAGCGUCGCGCAGGUUUCGAGGAACCCUUUAAUAGGGCCGUAAACGGCCACUUUGGAAAACGCCGCAGGAUGAAAUUCCCGCAAAGCGUGCCCGGUAAACGAAGCGAAGAUGCGACCGACUACCUUGAAAAGACCUACGAGAAAAGCCCACGGCGGAGUAUGAAUCACGAGAGAAAAGUGAAGAUGCUUCUCCCGGUCAAAACGGGCCAUGGUGUGGUGAGGAAGUCUCAAGUAGUCGACGAUCAGCAAGACGAAGCAGAGGCUGUCCUUCAGACCGAUGACAGCGAGGAAGACUGUGACAACUACCCAGUGGCCCUCUCAACGCCUCUGGCAGAUGCAGUGCCGCAAGAUCGGCAGCAUCCUCGUACAGCCGCGCAGCAGCUUUCGUACCAGUACGGCAAGCUCAGGGAGCUCAAGCAGCGAAUGGGCACCCUCGCCAGCGACAUCGUCGAGGAUCCUCAAGAGCGGGUAACGCACCUGAAGGAGUUGCUGGCGUUCCUUCGCGCCGACGGCAGUAUCGGCCUGGGGCUCGGCACGGAACACUUGCUGCGCAGACUUGCAGCGCUCACUCUACUCGAAGUCUUCAAAGACGUGGUACCCGGCUACGCCAUUACGGGACCUACGACGACCGGCAACGUGAGGCUCAAGAAAGACACCCGAGCGCUGCAGGGUUUCGAGGAUGCCCUGCUCCGUUACUACGGGCAGUAUGUGACUUGCUUGCGGAAGAUGCUGGCCCGAUACGAUCGUCGGGACAAGAAGAGUCCCGAAGGGGUUCGGCAACGACUCGCCGCCCAGCUGGCCCACGUAGCGGGCCGGUGCGUAUGCGGGUUGUUGUUGGCUCAUCCGCACUUCAACCUGCGAGAGCAACUGGUGUCCCUGGCCGUGCACUGCUUGGGUAGCGAGGACGAGGAAUUGUCCCGCACCGCCUGCCACAGUCUCAAGCAGCUGUACCGCCAAGACCGGCUCGGACAGGUCACCUUAGAGGCAGUGCGCAAGACCAGGGCCUUGCUGCGUGCCAGAGGACUUCAGGUGCAUCCGAGAGUGCUCGAGCCCUUCCUGGAACUGAAACUUAAAGAAGAGCCAGCGUCACAAGGUGCCCCCAACCUGAAGAAGGUGAGGGAGCGCUUGCGCAAAUUAUCUCGCCGAGAACACAAGCAUCACAAGCGACUCCAGAAGCUGGAGGCCCAGCUCCGGGAAACGGAGGCCCAAGAGAACGAGGUGCAAAGAGAUCGUCUCCAAGGUCAGAUCCUGCAGCAGCUCCUGUGGACGUAUGCCCACGUCCUCAAGCAAGUGCUGCAGCGUCCCGUCAUCAAGCCCCUUCUAGGGCCCGUACUUCGUGGCGUCUCCCGGUUUGCCCACCUCGUGAACCUUGACUUUCUGGAAGACCUGCUGGGAGCACUCUCGGCCCUGCUGGACCAGUUGGGCCCUCGCGAGAUCCCCCUGUGCCUCCAGGCAGCCUUUGCUCUUCUCUCGGGGCAGGGCAAAGCCCUCAAUGUGGACCCGCAGCGCUUCUACCUGGCACUCUUUGGUUGCAUGCUGUCGAACGUCGAUGCCCGUGCCGUGCUGUUAUGUUGGCGGCCCAUGGUUACCGACCGCUGCAGAAGCCUUUCGGCCAACCGAAUAAGGGCUCUUCUUAAACGAUUGGCCACUCUGUGCUUGGCCCAGACUGGAGGUGCCUUGGCCCUGUCUCUUGCCCUUGGAGCCUUACUGCGCAGCGAGCCCCGGCUUCAAGUCCUCCUCGACUCUACCGAAGACCAGGGUACUUUCCGACCCGAAUUGCCGGAUCCGGACCACGCAGGCAGCGCCCCACUCUGGGAGUUACACCUGUUGCGACGCCACUGCCAGCCAUCCCUGGCCUCCUGGGCGGGGGCUCUGGCAGCAGGAAGUCGCCUUCCCCCAGCACUGGUCCGUUUGGAACCGCACAAGGCACUGAGCUCGCCACAAGACCUUCUCUCCAUAUUCCCCAGCCCCCCCAAGAGUCCCCACAUGCCUGAGGCAAAGGCUGCGGAGCCCCAGCAAUAAAAAAGUUAGCGGCGCUUCAUUGGUCUCAGUCGGAGUAGUCGUUCAUCAGGAAGUGGUACACAAAGGUGGCCUUUUUGCGCUCGUCGGUGUCCCUCCGCGUGUCCCAGGGGCUUGUCCCGGGCUCCAGGGCUCCGUGUGCCUUCGGCCGCAGCAGGACGGGUCCAAACACGUUUGCUGCAGAUGGGAGUGACAUGAACAAGAUCAGUUUACGUCUUGCUUUGGACUUCACUACGAGGAAGUGCUACCGGUAUUCCACUACGGUCGCCGGCAUGCUGCGAAUAAAGGGCGAGCUUAAUUUGUU